AUGCUCUCUACUCUCACCUCGUUGGCCGACUCGGACGUGAGCAUGACGCCCAUAACCCCCCUUCCAGCACCAACCAUCGUCUUGCAGGACGACACCGAGUGGACCGAGGGCGACUUUGAAGUGAUCACCUCGGACUGCUACAUGUUCCGCGUGCCCUCGUACCACCUCAUGUCGAGCUCAACCAUAUUCUACCAACACGCCAAGGACUCUCUCUCCAUCACCUUCAAGGACUCGACUGAGACGGCGGCAAUCUUCCGUCUCGCUCUCCACCUCCUAACCAAGGGCCGGCUAGGCUCGGGCGAGUCCUGGAACAUUGAGAACCUACAGUCUCUCGCCGCAUUUCUCGGCAGGUGGCAGAUGGAAGCCGCUCUCUCAAACUUUGUCACCCACUUCCAAGCUCGCGUCCGCAACCGCGACCAAUCUGUCCUCGGCCUCCCCGGUUUCCUUGUCGGUGCCUACGCGGACAGUAUCGAGGUAUGCGUCGAGACGCUUCGCAUCCCCAGCGUCGAGUGGGAUGGGAGGAACCGGAGUGAUGGACCCAAUGUUCUCGGUCUCAAUCCAAGCGACGCGAACGGAAACGAAGACGAAUGGGUUGGAUUUCAUACCAACGAGCGCGACCCGUGGAGAGAGGUUCGUCGUAGCCGCCGUCCAAGCAGCACUGCAUCACUGGAGAGCUCAAACCUUAUUACUGGAGCCCGGGGACGCCCGACGUUUGACCCCUCAUCGUGGCCCCUCGCCACGUUUACCUCUGGACACCCGCCCGCAUACCUCUUCGCCCUCGCGCGCGCUUGGGGAUCGGCCGGCAAGUCGGAUGCGGCCCGCCUCCCAACCGAGUUUAUCGCCUUCCUCCAGGCUGCCAAGGCUAUUGGCGCUUAG